GUGCCCCGUCCAUGUUUAGAGAAGUUAGUGAAGCUUCGACUGGAACUGAACACAACUCAACAACGACACCUUUCACACACAACUAGCCACCCACAACUCUUUAUUCUGCUUUAGUUGAGUUCUGACAUUCACUUACUAAAUGCUUUCACCGGUGUUAAGUUAAAUUAUCUUUAAACAACAGCACAUACAGACUUAACGGUUCGCUUAAAUCUACCUUCUUUUAUUUUCGUCACUUCUCCGGUGUUCGGCUCUUAAAUGGGGCUGCGGAUGUUCGUCGUUCCCCCGGACAUGAUUAAGGCUGACUAGGCUUUCCUGACCCUGUCCGCGGGGGUCGCAUCCCCUUGCCAGGUGUCGUAUGAACCGGAGCGGAGCGGCGGCGGUGCGGGGCCGGGGGCUCCGCCAGCAGUGUCGGUCUUCAGGAUGAAGAUGCCCCGGGGAGGACGCCUGUUCCUGGCGACGUGCCUCGGCUCACUCUUCGUACUUGUGCUUUACUUCCAGAGCAUCACCAAACCAGAACCUGGUGCAAAAACCCAGAGCACACGAGGGAAAAGCCGGAGGAGUCCACUGCAGACGCUCUACAACGGAGACCAGCUGGAUCUGUCGGUGGCUCAGCGGUCCCUCCAGGGCCGGAGGGAGCUGUUGGAACAGGCCUGUCUCAGCCACACCAAGAAACGCCGAGUGCUUUCACCUGAGGAUCUCAAACACCUCAUAGUGGACGAUAAACACAGCCUCAUUUACUGCUAUGUACCCAAGGUAGCCUGCACCAAUUGGAAGCGUGUCCUUAUGGUCCUUAAAAGUGAAGGCCACUACACUGACCCCCUCGCCAUCCCUGCCAACGAGGCCCAUGUGGCAGGAAACCUCCGCACACUUUCGGAGUUUUCCGUCUCCGAGAUCAACCGGCGCCUUCGCAGCUACCUCAAAUUCAUUUUUGUUCGAGAGCCCUUUGAGCGCCUUGUGUCAGCAUAUCGCAACAAGUUCACCCGUAGCUACAACACCGCCUUCCACAAGCGUUACGGAACCAAGAUCAUCCGUCGGCACCGGCCCAACCCACAACCCGAAGCUCUGGAAAAAGGGAAUGAUGUGUCUUUUCUGGAAUUUGUCCAGUAUCUUGUGGACCCGCGUACUCAGCGGGAUGAACCUUUCAAUGAGCACUGGGAGCGGGUCCACUCCCUCUGCCAUCCCUGUCUGAUUCACUAUGACGUGGUGGGAAAGUACGAGACUCUGGAGCCCGAUGCUCAGGCUGUGCUCAGACUUGCUGGAGUGGAGGAGAUGCUGCAAUUCCCAACGUCUGGUAAAAGCACCCGGACUGACGGCAACAUGGCAGCACGCUUCUUCAAACAUGUCAGCCCCUUCUACCAGAAAAAACUGUUCAACCUCUACCGCAUGGACUUCCUGCUCUUCAAUUACUCAACGCCUGAAUACCUCAGGACUCGAGGUUGACAAAAAGCCAUUGAAAUUUAUCAGGGGUUUUGAACACAUCCUCUCAAGACUGUUAGGAAUAAUUUUGCACUAUUUGGUUGUGCGAGGAUGAUGUGAGUUUCUGGUUCAGUCAGUGGGACCUGAACAAAUGAAACCACAUUUUCUGAGAAGAUGUGCGAGAAUUUAUCAAGAGUCUGUCAACUGAGGUGAAAGGAUGUUAUAUCACAGUGUUGGUGGAAAAAGUGUUCAUGUGAGAUUUCUACAUGCUCUUGUGCUUAGUUCACUUUUAU